AUGGCAGACAAACGGUUCUUCCCGUCCCUCGGUUUGCUGGUGACAGCCAUUGCCGUCGUCAUUGCCUGGGCUGUCAGCCAAACCGGUCGCUGGCCGCUGGAAUGGCUCCGUAUGCAGCAAUUCGACAGUAGUGGUAGCGAACACCCAGGCCCGGAAAUCUAUAUGUUCUCAGAGGAUCCAGUCGUGGUCUACGUGAAAGAUUUCAUCAGCGCGCAGGAGGCAGCUCAUCUUGUGCAACUAGCCGACGGCCGAUUUACUCCAUCGCCUAUGUGGGAUAACGACGGCAAACCGCACAUCGACAAGGCGUAUCGACAUUCGAUGACGGCAAAAUUAGAUCGGACCGACGUUAUUAUCAAAGGCAUUGAGAAAAGGGCGAUAUCUUUCCCCUUCUACAAACACUUUGGAGACUUUAUGCCCAUCGUGGUGCAGAAUUACGGCAUUUCCGGCCAAUAUCGCGAUCAUUACGAUUGGUUUGACGACGUUCAUGCAGUGGGGGGCAAUAUAGCUUCCACAUUCUUUGUUUAUAUCCAUGCAAACUGCACCGGCGGAGGGACUAACUUCCCGCGGCUUACUCCUCCUGAUGAUGAGAGAUGGUGUGAGUUUAUCGAUUGCGACCGACCGUUCGAUGAAGGCGUCACUUUUAAACCUAUCCUCGGCAAUGCCAUAUAUUGGGAAAACCUACACGAGGAUGAAUCAGGUCAUAAGCUGACGCUUCAUGCGGGAAUGCCAGUAACAACGGGGAAUAAGAUGGGCAUGAACAUGUGGACUUGGAAAGUGGCUUAG